GCGCCGCUGACACCGCCUGCGCUCCCGCUGCACAUUCUGACGCUAUAGGAGACGAUAUUGAAGAUUGCAUGAGGUCUUGAAAGGCGAACGAAUGCUGAUAAAGGCUGUAAAUGAACAAGGUGAGGAUGUGAAGAUAGAAAGAGCGAGCAAGUCUUGGGAACGGAUGGCCGGCGGGUGGCCUGACACGACACGUGGCGACAUUGCCGAGGGCGGAGAACACGCUAGCGCGGGAGAGAACCAACCUUCAAUCUCUUUCACAUCCAACUUCCUGACACGCCAUCUGUUCUUUGCACCGACGUGGCAAGAGCGAAGCUCUGGUACCUCUACUUGUCAUCACCCGCUGCCAAUCUCCACGCUCGACGGCUCGUCUCUCAGCGACUAUCACAUUCUCGUGCUGCCUGCCAGGAGCGUGGGCAUCAGUGCACCCGAGUCGCGACUCCAGUCUCUGUCUACUCAGACGCUGUCUAGCUUGGCGCAAAGAAAACAGGAGAUAGACGGAUGGAUCAAUUCAAGAGGUGUGGUACAAGCGAAAACAGCGUGGGAGCGAUGCUGGCCGCACUGAGAAGCUGGCCCCACUGAAUCGCAGAGGGUGCGCAGAGCGAUUCGGAUAGGAUGAGCGAAGGCCCAGGGUAGCUUCCAGUCGUCUCCUGAUGAAGCAGCAGUGCUGCGCCCUCCUCUCAGGGAGAUCAGCGAUCGUCACAGCAUCC